UGAUACGUGUGUGACUUGGACCGCAAAUGACGACUGAGUUUUCAUGUAGGUAAAAACCCUAAUUAUUUAAUUUCUCAAAUCUCUCCCUAUUAAUUUCAAUGACCAUUUCUAAAGCUUGAGAUCCCUAGAGAGAGGGAGCCCCGUCAUCAAAAGCUCUACUUUUCUCUCGGAUUCUCAGAUGGAACAUGAGAAGGUACCCUUUACGAGAAUAGAGUCUCAGGAAAUUGAGAUCCCAAUAGUCUCUGAAGGUAUUGAUGAUCUUCCUGUGCCACCACAGGUGCCUCGCUCCUUGUGUGUCUGUGUUUUCUCCAAAAACGAGCACUGUAGUUUGGAUUCAAAACAGCGGUCAAAGUCAGCUACAAAACUUUCUGUACUCGUUGUCGCAUCUCUCAUGUUUAUGGUUGUUGAAAUGAUUGGUGGUGUCAAAGCCAACAGCCUUGCAGUACUCACAGAUGCAGCCCACUUGCUCACUGAUGUUGUUGGAUUCUCCAUUGCUCUUUUCACAGUAUUGGCUUCAGGUUGGGAGGCAACAUCGUACCAGUCUUUCGGAUAUCACCGUCUUGAGGUUUUGAGUGCCCUUUUCUCUGUGCAGCUCAUAUGGCUGGUCUCUGGGAUCUUGAUCUAUGAGGCAGUUGACAGGAUCGUUCACACUAAGGAAAAGGUGAACGGGUUACUCAUGUUUUCAGUUGCAGCACUUGGAUUUCUUGUCAACUUAAUCAUGGUCUUGUGGCUUGGUCACGACCACACCCAUCAUGCAUGUGGAGGCUUAGGUCACGAUCAUCAUCAUGUUCAUACUCACGAUCAUCAUCAUGGUCAUAAUCACAAUCAUCAUCAUGGUCAUGAUUAUCAGGAGGAAGAAAGUGCAAUAAUGGAGGACGAUAAAACGAGUCUGGUGUCAUCAACAUCUCCAGAAAAGACUAAAAUAUUAAACAUAAAUAUCCAAGGAGCUUACUUGCAUGUCAUCGCCGAUAUGAUUCAGUCCGUUGGGGUGAUGGUCGCUGGAGGCAUCAUAUGGGCAAGGCCAGAUUGGUUAGUAGUUGAUCUCAUCUGCACACUCAUAUUUUCUGUUUUUGCUGUCAGCACAACUAUAUCGAUGCUUAAAAAUAUAUAUGGCAUAUUGAUGGAGAGAACACCAAGCGAGAUUGAUAUCGCCGGACUAGAAAAAGGCAUCAAGCGCAUCAAAGGAGUUCGGGAUGUUCACGACCUACACGUUUGGGCGCUAACGGUUGGAAAAACCGUGUUGUCUUGCCAUGUAACGUCCGAGCCUGCCGUAAGCUCUAGUCAGAUAAUUGACAAGAUUAGGGAUUACUGUGAAAGUACUUACAGAAUACAUCAUGUAACCAUACAGAUUGAAUAGUACACUGCAGAUUCAGAACAUCAUUUUGUUUGAUAUUAUUAAAUCCUACCCUUCGCCCUUUAAAGUUUA